AUGCAUGAUUGUACUACGAGAAUUGUCCAAGGAUCGACAGCUAAUCAGGGGCCGGAAGUUAGCGUCGCUCCAAUUAUUAUAAAAUCAGCUGAUAAAAGAACAUGUUUGAAGGACGAACAAUCUCAACGACAUGACGGAAGAAAUUUAGAAGACAUCUGUCCGAUCUUUUUGAAAACAGGUCUCAUAAGUCAGGCUAAUGGCUCAGCAUUUAUAGAAAUACGCCAGACUAAGAUUGCUUGUGGCGUUUAUGGUCCACGUCAAACAAAAAUCCCAUCCUUUAGUGGAAAAGGAAAUUUGAAUGUUGAAAUUAAAUUCGCGCCUUUCUCGUGCCAAAAACGUAGACAACCAUAUAGAGAUGCACAGGAAAAAGACCUUUCUCAGCUGGUUAUUGAAGCACUUAUGCCUUCAAUACGACUUGAUUUAUUACCAAAAUCUACUAUCGAUAUUUACAUCACAGUACUCGAAAACGAUGGAACAGCAUCUUGCUUGGCAGCUGCCAUUACAUGUGCAUCAGUUGCUGUUGCUGACGCAGGAAUUGAGAUGUUGGAUUUAGUACCAGCAUCAUCGGCGUCGUAUAUCGGCGGUGAGAUUUACAUGGACAGCGACCUUAUAGAAGAACAACAUGAAACUGGAUAUUUGAUCCUAUCAUAUAUGCCUUCGUUGAAAGAAGUAACACAUAUAUUACAGUCUGGUGAUGUUGAUCUGGCUUUAGCAAUUCAAGCUUUCGAGCAAUGUACUGAUGCUUGUUCUAAGAUUUACUCGGUUAUGAUAAACAGUCUCUUGUCACCUAUACAAGAUACGUAA